CGCGGAUCGUAAUACGCUAUGUGCAUCAUGUGGACCACGCGUGAAGAUAUUCUUCUCUGCGAUGACAUCCUCUUCGACGUCGUGCAAGUGAAGCAGCACGUGCGUGUGAUGAACAUAACCUGCAAUGAUCAGCUGUUGAGCAGUCUCGUGCAGCAGAAGCUUCAAUUUUUGACGCUGUCGCAACCAUGGGAAAAACGUCGAAGGACAAGCGCGAUAUAUAUUACAGAAAAGCCAAGGAAGAAGGAUGGCGAGCCCGAAGCGCCUUCAAGCUGCUCCAAAUCGACACCGAGUGCCGCAUUUUCGACGGAGUGUCCAAAGCGGUGGACCUGUGUGCUGCGCCUGGAAGCUGGAGCCAAGUCCUAGCUCGCAAGCUAAAUGAAAACUACAAGAAGGCCUUGGAAAAGGGCGAUGCAUCGCCUCCGAAAAUCGUGGCGGUCGACCUGCAGGCGAUGGCACCUUUGGAAGGAGUUAUUCAGCUGCAGGGUGACAUCACCAACACCAACACGGCGGAGCAGAUCAUCGCGCACUUUGACAACACUCAGGCAGACCUGGUCGUCUGCGACGGAGCACCUGACGUGACUGGCCUGCACGACAUGGACAUAUUCAUCCAGUCGCAGCUGCUGCUGGCCGCUCUGAACAUCACCACGCACAUCCUGAGGCCCGGUGGGACGUUCGUGGCGAAGAUCUUCCGGGCGAAGGACGUGUCGCUGCUGUACGCCCAGCUGAGGAUAUUCUUCCCGUACGUCUACUGCACGAAGCCCAGCAGCUCCCGCAACUCGAGCAUCGAGGCGUUCGUGGUCUGCAAGGACUAUUCGCCGCCGGAGGGCUACAAGCCGCACAUGCUGAACCCGCUGCUGACGCACGAGCCGUGCAACUUCGACGAGUUGACGGGUAUCAACAGGGUCGUAGUCCCGUUCGUCGUCUGCGGAGACCUCAGUCAGCCCGAUUCCGACACGUGUUAUCCGCUCGACUACGAAGGGAAAGAGUACGAGUACCACGAGCCGGUGCAAACUCCCAUAUCGCCGCCGUACGCGACGGCAUUGUCCCUGUUGGCGAACAAAGACACCGACUUCCGCAAGGCCGACGUGAGCGUGGUGAUCGAGAACGAGGGUCCAUCGUCCAUCUCCGAGUUCAAGAAACGCGCGUUGGCGACAGCGGAUCGCAGAUCUCACACCGAGACGAGCACCGCAACGAAGACCGCGCUGGAUGAGAACAAGGAUGACGAAGUCGUCGAUGUCUUGCAAAACUUGUACAUAUCCGAGAAAAGCGAACACGUAGACAACAACUGAUGCCACAACUGCGAAACAAUUUUUCCAUUAUUUUGUAUUAUAUUAUUUGUUAAAUAAAUAAUUUUACAAUAUA